GAAAGAGAGAGAGAGAGAGAUAAGGAAUGGUUUUGACAGUUGCUGCCUCCCAAGCAGCACUUCUGUACUUGUCUCAUUCUCUCACUGGACUUCUUGAGGAUCACACGCAUACUGAGUAUCAGUCAUGAAGUCGCUGAUUAGUGGAAUGGUGGUGGUGGCGGUGAUGAUGGCACUGCUGCUGCCUGCUGUCUCCAGCGCUCAGGCACUAGAAGAAUGCCAGGACCCACCCGGGAACAACGAAAUUGCUGCUCUCAUCGUUAAGGCAGUAGAAGCUGUUCGUCCCAUCCUUAGCAACGGCAUCCCAGAGCUUGGGAUACCACCUCUGGACCCCCUGGGCCCCUUGCCUAAUAUAGCAUUCCAUAUUGAUGUUCCGCGUCUCAGGAUGGACGGGUUGCUGAAUGAGACUGUGGUCAGACAUAUAUCCGAGUUCAUCAUCUGCCAGCUUAACUUCACUCUGGGCAUCACGGAGAAGCUGGAACUUGACAUCCGUUUAGAAGACUUCCGUAUAGACGGAUAUUAUGACGUGGACGGUCUUGCUCUCUCCCUCUUCCCGGUUUUCGGCAAUGGGAAUUUUAGUCUGGACGUGUAUGAGGCGGCAGUCGGGGGAGGGGCCAAGAUCUCUUACAACCCCUUGAGCGACCACGCUUCCAUCAAGGACCUUCACCUUGACAUUAACUUUGAUAGACUAGUGCUGGUGAUGGAGUGUAUCCUGGGGUGCGGAGACAUGUCUGACCUCAUCAACGGCCUCAUUGACGAGAUCGCGCCUGUCGUUUUUGAUGCAGUCUGGGGUGUGAUCGACCCCAUCCUUACCAGCGCCUUGGAGAACGGCAUCAACGACAUUCUCAAGAAUAUAUCCAUAUCUGACAUCAUUACUCUGACCCAGACAAAAGAGAAGGAUAUAGGUAAUGGUAACGGGUUCGUGGAUCUAGUGAUGGAAAGUGUCGACUCCCACAUCGUCUCCAGUGGCAUGGAUCCCGGUCCAGUGCCCAACGCUACACUCAACUUUGGGCUGGGGACGGCAGCGCUGUAUGGUGGGCAGCUGUCAGGUCUCUCUACUAUGCACAGAGACGGCUUAGCCACGAUCGACAAAGUUGCAGACUGGGUCUUCCUCUACGCCAACGUUGCUGUCGAGAACCUCCAGAUGGAGUACGACGCGGUGGUGAAGGCGACGAGUGAGGUGUCUGGAGUGCAGAUCAGUGCCAACGUGGAGCGGGUGGCACUGUACCUCGUGGCUCGGUACGAUCUCUACACCAACACAGCCGAUAUUGACCAAUUCAUCAUUACAGAAUUUGGGAAGAUUGAUGUGAAUAUCGAAGGCCUGGGUGUGUUGGGUUAUGUCUUGGAGCCCCUCGCAGACGUGGUGACCAACCUCAUACACGAAGACGUGGCCAACAUCUUGGAGACAACGGGCAAAGAGUACCUCCAGGAAGCGCUUAAUGAAACGCCCUGGCCUUGAGUCAUGCAGUAGAGACGUAGCUACAAAGACGUCCUGAAAACUGUUGUUUUAAUUGCUAUUAUGUGGCACCAAGCAUCUUGUUCUAUCUUAGAAAGUCAUCCCAAAUAUCGUCAGUAAAACUUAAAACUCGCGAAUUGGAAAUGAAAAUUGAACAGCAUUUUGGUCAGUCCUAAAUCAUUGUCACUGAAUUCAAAAUGGUCCAAAAGUUUGUCCAGUUUUUAUUUUAAAUUUUAGCGGUUGCGAAUUGUUAAAAAAAAAGCUGAUUUUUAUUCACCUAUAAAAUGUUAAAAUAUCCAGAGCAGUUUAAAUUAAACUACAAUGAAAAUGCA